CCCAACUCAUGUCGAAGCAACAGCCUGGCUGAACGGAUCCCUGCUCUCGCGGAAGCUGCUACUGCACUACGGAGCUGUGCCACUGCUGCGUCGUCAUUCCCGCUUAAGCUCAACUACACCCGUAAUCACCACGGCCAAUAAGACGCUGCGCAUGACAGAAUUCCUGUGAAUCUCGACACUCGCAUUGUCCGAAUUACCAGUGAUAGCCCAACCAAGGCAGUAGCAGCAGCACAAACACCAUGUCAUCGACCCCCGCGCCGCCUGACGACCAGGCCCGCCUCCUCGAGGAUGCGCUCAUUGCCGUGCGCCAGCAGACCGCCUUGAUGCGCAAAUGCCUGGACACGCCCGGGAAACUGAUGGACGCUCUGAAAUGCUGCUCCACGCUUGUCUCUGAGCUCCGGACGAGCAGUCUCGGCCCGAAACAGUACUACGAGCUAUAUAUGGCUGUCUUCGACGCACUCCGCUACCUCUCGGUUCAUUUGCGCGAGAACCACCCCGUCAAUCACCUGGCCGACCUAUACGAGCUUGUACAGUAUGCGGGCAACAUUAUCCCCCGCCUGUAUCUCAUGAUCACCGUCGGCACCGCUUACAUGUCCAUCGAGGGCGCGCCGGUCAAGGAACUGAUGAAGGACAUGAUGGACAUGAGCCGUGGCGUCCAACAUCCAGUUCGUGGCCUCUUCUUGCGAUAUUAUCUAUCUGGCCAGGCGAGAGACUACCUCCCGACCGGAGACUCCGACGGGCCAGAAGGCAACCUUCAAGACUCGAUCAAUUUUAUCCUCACAAAUUUCGUUGAGAUGAACAAGCUGUGGGUCCGACUGCAGCACCAGGGGCACUCAAGGGAACGCGACCAGAGAACACAAGAGAGGAAAGAACUUCAGUUGCUGGUGGGGAGCAACAUUGUGCGCCUGAGCCAGCUGGUGGACCUGCAGACAUACAAGGAUGGCAUUCUCGGGCCAUUGUUGGAGCAGGUCGUGCAAUGCCGCGAUGUACUCGCCCAGGAGUACCUGCUCGAGGUCAUCACCCAGGUUUUUCCAGACGAAUUCCAUCUCCACACUCUGGACCAGUUCUUGGGCGCUGUUUCAAGGCUAAAUCCCCACGUUAACGUCAAGGCCAUUGUCAUCGGCCUCAUGGACCGCCUGUCCGACUAUGCCGAGCGCGAGUCCCAGAACGAAUCGGAGGAGGACAGGGGCAAAAUGGAAGAGGAGGCCCUGGCGAAACUACUUGAGAGGGUUAAUCUGCGUGCGGCAAGCGCUACCCGAGACUCUACUGCUCCUCCAGACGAGUCCAACGCGUCCGGGAACGGGCACGGUCCCGAUAACGACGCCAAUCCAGCCACGGAAACUGCUAACAAGGAGGACGACCCGGCAUCAUUAAUAGUAGGAACCGAGGCGGCGGCAGCCAACGGAGACGAAUCGCAACCAGCGAGGAAGCGCAGGGGAAUUCCGGAGGAUGUGCCACUGUACGAGAUCUUCUUUGGGCAGGUUCAAAAUUUGGUGCUGGCCCAGCAUCUUCCGAUCCAAGACACCAUUGCCUUGUGUGUCUCGCUCUCAAAUCUUGCUCUCAACAUCUACCCGGAGAGGCUGGACUACGUGGAUCAGAUUCUCGACUACGCCCACAGCAAGGUCAGGGAACACGCCAACAGCGCAGAUUUGCACUCGCAACCGGCUCAACAGAACCUUCUGGCGCUGCUGCAGAGCCCCCUUCGGCGCUAUGUGUCGAUAUUCACGGCUUUGUCGCUCCCGACUUACGUCACUCUGUUCCAGUCACAAACAUACCCCACACGGCGAGCCGUCGCGGGGGAGGUUGCCAGGACGUUGCUCAAAAACCAGACGCUUAUCUCCACGCCGGCGCACCUGGAGAAUGUCCUCGAGGUGCUCAAAGUGCUCAUCAAAGAAGGGUCGCAGCCGCCAGCAGGCUAUCCCGGUGUCGUCCAACCCCGAGCUCGUGUCUUGGAGACCGACGAGACGAUGGAGGAGCAGGGUUGGCUGGCUCGCCUCGUGCACUUAAUCCACUCAGACAACAACGAUACCCAAUUUCGCCUGUUACAAAUGACGAGGAAGGCGUAUGCUGAAGGCAACGAGCGCAUCCGCACCACAACACCACCACUUAUUACCGCUGGCCUCAAACUCGCCCGGCGCUUCAAGGCCCGCGAGCACUACGACGAUAACUGGUCAUCGCAGUCGUCCGCCCUCCUAAAAUUCCUUCACUCUGCCAUUUCCACCCUGUACACGCGCGUCAACGGCUCCGGUGCUGCGGAGCUCUCUCUCCGCCUGUUCUGCUCGUGCGGGCAGGUCGCCGACGCGACGGGCUUCGAGGAGGUCGCGUACGAGUUCUUCGCCCAGGCGUUCACGGUCUACGAAGAGGCUGUCAGCGAUUCCAAGGCGCAGUUCCAAGCCGUCUGCGUCAUCGCCAGCGCCCUGCACCGGACGCGGAACUUUAGCAAGGAGAACUAUGAUACCCUCAUCACCAAGUGCGCCCAGCACGCGAGUAAGCUGCUCCGCAAACCGGACCAGUGCAGGGCCGUGUACCUGGCCAGUCACUUGUGGUGGGCGACGCCUAUCGUGUCGAACGGGGAGACGGAGGAGACGGAGCUCUACCGCGAUGGCAAGCGCGUGCUCGAAUGCCUCCAGCGGGCCCUGCGCGUGGCAGACUCGUGCAUGGAGACGGCCACGUCCAUCGAGCUCUUUGUCGAGAUCCUCGACAGAUAUGUUUAUUACUUUGACCAAAAGAACGAAUCGGUCACGACCAAAUACCUCAACGGCCUCAUCGAGCUCAUCCACUCCAACCUGGCCGGCAACCAGCAGGACUCUGCGUCGGUCGAGGGCAGUAGGAAGCACUUUAUGCAGACGCUUGACAUGAUUCGGAGCAAGGAAUACGAGGGUGUUGUGCUGACGCCGAAGUGAGCCAGGGGAGUGCGGGUGAGGGGCGAGAGCCUGGAACUGAGCGCUACACUCGAGGGUGAUCAUGAUGAUAUCCGACACGGAGGGCUCAUUACAAUCAGUGAUUGAGGAUUAGCCGGGACCAGAGGGGAGCAGCCCCGUGAUUACCCAACGACCAGAGCAUUAUGCAAACAUGGAGUUUCCUACAUAUACAUUUAUUGUAUAUAUGUACAUAACUAUACCUUUCCCUACGCCCAGCGCUCUGCUAGGGCGUGGUGCGUGCAGCCUUCAAUGUGGAUUCCUUGCAUCUU